AUGGCAAAGAAAUCUGUGUCAGUGAAAUUCAGUGCAUCAAACCACGAAGGCAAACCAGACAAUUCCGUUCAACUGCUUCAUUGCUGCUGCUCAUUUCUCGUCGCUGCUACUGCUGUUCGUUUCUCUCUCUCAUUCUUCCUCGUCGUUGCUGCUGCUGCUUCUCUUUACAUUGUCUGUGUUUCGGAAAAAAAGAAGGCUUUCAAUUUUGUUGAUGUUUUCCAACAACUGAGGUUACUUGUUGCAAUAAUGGCUCCAGUUAAAAGAAAGGGAGAGAAACCAACGGAGGGAGAAACAAAUCUAGAAGAAAGAGUUAGUGAAACUGGGGCUUUAGAAAGAGAGGAAACCCACGAAACCCCUCAAGUAGAAGUUUCUGUUGGGCAUGAAAAAGAAAGAGAUAAAAAUGAACAAAGUGAAGAAAAACAAGAAGAUAAAGAAAAUGAAGUAGAUGAAGGAGAUGAUGAAGUAGACAAAGAUGAAGAAACUAGAGAAGAAACUGAAGAAGAUAAUGAAAAUUUUGCUGAAGGAAAUGAAGAAAAUGACGAAGGAGAUGAAGAAGAAGUAGAUGAAGAAGAAUGA